AAUCUUCCAUUCAAACUUGAAGUUCUCUCUUUCUCUCUCUGUGGGCACGAAAAAACUCCAGUCUCUCUUUCUCUGUAUUCUCAAACCAUCUCCGAACAAUGGAGGAAGAAGAAGCCAUGACGCUGAAGCUAAUAAUGGAGGGAGGCCCUCUGGCUGGUGAAACCCUAGAAUUCAAACCAGGUCGCAAGGUCCAAAUCGGCCGGACCGUCCGAGGCAACACUGUAUCGAUCAAAGACGCCGGGAUUUCUACUCAUCACUUCUCCAUCCAAUUUACUGAUCAUUCAGAUGAAGAUAACAAAACGAAGUCAAAGAAGCCUGGUAAAUGGGUCAUCACCGACCUAAAUUCCUCAAACGGCACUAUUUUGAACAGUGAAAUGAUCCCUCCCAUGGUCCCUACCGAUCUUGGUGACGGUGACAUUGUUAAGAUCGGGGAGGUCACUUCGAUCCAGGUCAAGGUUGGAGAGAUUGUAAGUGAUUAUGCUAAAAAUCAGGUGCGACGAAACCCCAGAAGGAGAGGUACAGUGAAUACUGUGGGUGGUGUUGUACGAGAUCAAAGGCGGAGAGGCGGUGCAAAAGCUAAUUUGGAUUCAAUUGAUGAAAAUAGUGAGUUGAGGUUGGAGUUUGUCGGAGAAUUGGGGAAAACUCUGGAGGAGAAUAAGAAGCGGCGAGGACUGCCAAGAAAAGCUAGAGUUUUUGAAAAUGAGGUUCAACAGAGUGAAAUUAAGGUUGAAAUUUUGGAAGAAAUGGAGAAUGUGGUUCCGAAUGAAGCGAAAAGGGGUCGGCAAGUCAAGACGAGGAGUUCAAACAAUAAGAUUAGAGUGGAUGAGGUUGAAAACAAUGGAGAUAUGGACCAGGUGGCUCCAACUGAGGCGAAAUCAGGAUGUCAAGUGAGUUCUUGUAGGAGUGGGAGUUCGAAGGUGGAAAAUUUGGGUUCUGGUCUGAUGAUUGGGGGACUUCCAGAGAAUGAAAUGCAAGAGAGUGAAAUUGGGGUUGCAAUGGAGGGAAAAGUGGACAAUGUUAUGGUUGAGGUGAAAUUGGAGAAGCGAGUGAGUACAAGGAGGACACGGAGUUCAAAGAAGCAAGAAGCUAUGAAUUUAAAUGUGGAUGGAAGUCAUUGCAGGGAAUUCACCAAUUUGGUACCGACUGAAGGUAAAAAGACAGGUAGGGGUAGGAGAGGGAAGAAGAAUUUACAGGAUGAGAAAAUAGUGAGCAUGGAAAAUGCAGUUUCGAAUGAGAAAGAGGUUGUGGAAGAGUCAAAUAAGGGGCUUGUGGAAGAGUGCAGUAUGGGGCCAGAUAAAGGCAAAGAAGCUAAACACGGUUUAUCGAAUGAGCUGUUAGGAGUUCAUGUUGAUGUUCUGGAAGAUGAAGGAGAUGGUGAGUUGAAUUUGGGUGAAGUAGGUUGUGAGAGAUUGGCGACUGCACCUAGCAUGAAGGGGAGUAGUUUGGGGGGCAAGGAGGUGCCCAAUUUGGAGACAAUGACACUUGGGGAGUGGUUUGACUAUUUAGAGGUGUACUUACCGAAACAAAUACAUGUAGAGACUGAAGAGUUGAUUUUGGGAAUGAAACAGAGAGCUGAGCAGUUCCAUGAAUUUAUUUUGCACCAGAAAAAUGGAAAGGGAAAACUACCUAUGGGCUAGACGGGGACUAUGAGGAGCACUUCAAACUUUUUGGUACUUAUAUCAUCUGAGCUGACACAAGCUUGACAUGAUCAAGAUUACAAGACCUGAUGCCAUCCAAUUUCUAGUCUUAUAGCUUUUAAUUUGUGGCUUUGUUUCAAAUCUUAAACGUAUAAAGUAACUGAUUGUCCUCUCCAGAGUUUUGUGGAAUGUCAGUGCCACGAAAUGGACUUCAAAAGAGGGGCUCUAUUGUGCCUGGGGAGAACCAUUAGAAUCAGAAGAUUGAUUUUGAUCAAUGGAGUGCACCUGCUUUGCACAGGGAAUUUUGCUUCCCUAUUCGGGCUUUAGGAUUGAAAAGCUGAUCAGCAAAAGCUGUCGAUGCCCAGUUUCAUAUUAGCUCAUAAUCUUGUAGCUUACAUGACUUCUGCCUCGUAUCGUCACUUUAGUUGUAUUAUCCAAAUUCGUAAAUAUUGCUAGCAAUUGUUCCUCAAGUGAUGUUAUAUUUAUAGAGUG